AUGAAACGUCUUGUCUUGCAAGCAAUUCCCUUGUCUCCUCCUAUGGUGGUUACUACCUCCAUGGAUGAUGUGGUUGAGACACCGUUGAUUUAUGAAAAUUGUUCGCUCUCGCUGAAUGGUAGAAUUUUCCAGAUUGAUCUUAUUUGUUUACCACUUAAGAAGGUUGAUGUGGUUUUGGGGAUGGAUUGGCUUUCCGCCAAAUCAGUGUUUAUUGGUUGUGAAGAGAAGUUGAUUACCAUUCCAUCUAGUGAAGUUACUCCAAAGGAUGUGCUAACUACUAUCUUGGAAGGUACGGUUGGCAUGGUUAAUUUCUUAUUUGAGAAUGAAAAGUUAGUUCUCUUAGUUCUUAUCAAGGAGCCUAGCGAUAAUCUGAGUGUUACACAAAUCCCUGUUGUUUGUGAAUUUCCGGAAGUGUUUCUUGAGGAUGUCACCUCUCUUCCCCCUGAAAGGGAAGUGGAAUUCUCUAUUGAUCUGAUACCUGGGACGGCUCCAAUCUCCGUCUCUCCGUAUCGCAUGGUGCCACUAGAGUUGAGAGAAUUGAAGAAUCAAUUGGAUGAGUUGUUAAACAAGCAUUUUAUCCGACCUAGUGUCUCACCAUGGGGAGCUCCAGUGUUAUUAGUAAAGAAGAAGGAUGAUAGUAUGCGGUUGUGUAUUGAUUAUCGCUAG